AUGUACUUGAUCACUGUGCUUGGCAACCUGCUCAUCAUGCUGGCUGUCAGCUCAGAUUCCCACCUCCACACCCCCAUGUACUUCUUCCUCUCCAACUUGUCCUUUGUGGACAUCUGCUUCACCUCCACCACUGUCCCCAAGAUGCUGGUGAACAUUCAGACACACAGCAAAGUCAUCACCUAUGAAGGCUGCCUUACCCAGAUGUACUUUUUCAUCCUUUUUGUAGAACUGGAUGACUGUCUCCUAACCGUGAUGGCCUAUGACCGCUUUGUGGCCAUCUGCCACCCUUUGCACUACACAGUCAUCAUGAACCCCAGACUCUGUGGACUGCUGGUUCUAGUGUCCUGGGUCACCGUGGUCUCCUUGUUUUAUUGCACAAGCAUUGGGGUGUACUUGAGCUCUGCUGUCACUCAGAACUCACACUAUACUGCAAUCGCCUCUGUGAUGUAUACGGUGGUAACCCCCAUGCUGAACCCUUUCAUCUACAGUCUCAGGAACAAAGACAUCAAAAGGGCUCUGAAAAGACUCUUUAGGAUGGGCCACUAA